UCGGGAAGCCCUUUAUCACUUCCAUUGUGAAUAGUGAUGACAUGGUGCCAACAUUGUCAGCUUCUUCUGUCCAUGAUUUCAUUCACGAGGUUAAGAUUAAGCGUAAAAAGUUGAUUACUUCUGCUUACAACGCAAUUGGAUCUCGCGUACCAUUUGCAAAAGCCAUUGCGGAUCGUGCAGUAUCCCGUGGCACUGAGGUUGUGAUGAAUAGUAAACAAAGAACUCGGUCACUGAUAAGCUGGACACGAAAAGAGAAAACUUCGGCAUUGACAAGUUCUAAAUCAGCAAACAUGGCUGAAGCCACUGAAUCAUUAGACAAAAGUUAUGAAGCGAGUGAAGAGUUAAUAAUCUCCGAGUUUACGAGUGAUGAGGAGGACGGAUCUAAAUCCACCAGUGAAGGAUCUGAUAAUGAUGGCCUGGAUGAAGAAGAGGAGCAAAAAAUUUCUGCUACUGACAACACUGCUACCGAUGAAUUGAAUGAAUAUUUGAAGGAGCUUCAAGUGGAGGAAGAGGAUGAUAAUCCUAACAUUAAUGGUGGCAAGGAAAAAGAAGCAGAAAUGAAAUAUGAGGGUGUUCGUAUUGAAGAAAGAGCAGGUAGUACAGAGGCAACAUCAGAGAAGCCUGCUAAACAUCAUCUUUAUCCAUCAGGAAGGAUCUUGCAUCUUGUCCCUGUACCUUCUUCUGAAAAUUCUGAUGAUGAGAAACGUGUCGUCUUGUAUGAAACGCCCAGAGAGAUGUAUGGAAAACUCCGACUUUCAAUAAGGAUGAUACUUGAUCAUUCAACAAAAAGGUAUCUGAAGGUGCUACAACAAUUAAUCAAUCAACUAGAGAAAGAGAAGUCCCAUUAUGGUGCAUGAUAAGCCAAAAAAAUGGAUGUGAAACGUUCAAGAAGCUAAAUUAGGUUCUUUAUGCUUGUUUUUGUUGAGUGUGUUGCAGCUGUAAUAAGUCUUAUUCUGACACUUUUAUGUGUAAGUUUGUUGGCUGGUGAGGUUCGUGAUACUUAUGUUUUUCCAGUAUGAGAAAUAACUGAAUGGUUUUUCCAAAUUUUCCAGCGGUUCUGUUCAUCGCUAAACAAUUGGUUUCUA